CUCUCUUUUUUUCCUCUCAGAAAUCAAUAAGUUUUCUUUCUAAUGACUGCAGUUUAAUUCAUAACAACGUUGCCAUUCAUUCAGUAUUUGCGGAUGCUGCAGGUGAAUGGAAGCUGUCAGGUGUUGAAUGGAUGUACUCAUAUAAUGAUACUAAUGUUCCAUUGAAAACAUUUCAAUAUCUUAAUAAAUAUGAUCCACCGGAAAACAUGAAGCAGGCUAAAAGGAAAAUAAAUUAUUAAUAAAUAAAUAAUUAUUAUUUUUAGGUCACGUGACAUGUGGGGCUUGGGUUGUCUGCUGUUGGAGGUUUUUAAUGGUCCGAUACAUCAGAGCUCUAAUUUAAGGGAUACUUCAAAAUUUCCAAAGAGCCUCUCCUCCCAUUACUUACAGUGUGUUAAUGCUAAUCCAAUGGCUAGGCCCAAUCCAUCUGAACUAUUGCAGUCUUUAAAGGAGAGAGGAGGCUACCUUAGCAAUACCUUCAUAUCACUUAACCUGAAAAUAGAAGAGCUUCAACUAAUGGAGGCUGAUAGGAAGAAUCAUUUCUUUGUUGAGUUGAACAAGUCACUUGAUCUCUUCCCUGACUCAUUUGCACAUCAUAAAGUUCUCCCUCACCUCCUCAAUGUGUUUGAGUUUGGAGGAGCUGGUCCCACAGUCCUUGCUCCAUUAUUAAAGAUUGGGAAACUGCUACCAGAGGAUGAGUAUCAGAGGAAGAUAGUUUCUUGUAUAGUGAGAUGCUUUGGAUCUAAUGACAGAGCAACCAGACUAAACCUGUUGCAACACUUGGAUCAGUUUAUUGAUCAGUUGCAGCCUAGUGUGUUAAAUAAUUCCUUGUUUGGUCAGAUAGUGACUGGUUUCACUGACACUGUGCCAACAAUCAGAGAACACACUAUUAAAGCCUCUCUAUUAUUAGCUCCCAAGUUAAAUGAUUCUAAUCUAAGUCAAUUAUUGAAGUUUUUUGCUAAAUGCCAACUAGAUGCUGGUAUUCGUACCAACACUACAAUAUGUCUCGGAAAGAUUGCCCCUCACCUUAAUAAGCAAGACUAGAGACAGGGUUCUUGUCUCAGCAUUCACUCGUUCCCUUAAGGACCCGUUCCCUCCUGCUCGCUCAGCUGGUAUAGGAGCACUGGGCUCCACCCUCUCUUACUACACACCCGUUGACAUGGCAACCAGGAUCAUCCCCUCACUGAAUCACAUGACUGUAGACAAGGACAAGUUGAUUCAUUAUCGAUAUUUUUAUGUAAUUUUCAUCAAUCUGUUGACCACACCCAUUUA